AGCACCCACUACUACUUUUUAUGUCCAUUAAAUGGUCUCUUCUCCAAUGAUUCAAAUCUACGUUCGACGUCUCUACGGUCCUUUAUGUCUCUAUCUUAAAUGAUGGGGAAUAAUAUGUCAUGAUCUCUCUGAACUCGGCGCCACCCGUUUCAUGAGACCUCCAAGUUCAUCAUUGCAUCUUUCGCAUAUAUGAUGAAGGACAAACAAUGCUUCAGCAAUCCAGUUCUGGCUUGUACAGAAUCUAAGAAUGUCCGCAGAACUGCCACUUGCUCUCGCCGCCAUCACCAACUAUCUUUCGAGUCGGCACGUUUGAUCCUGGUCAUCAUAUCCUCCCACACCGGGAAUAUCACUGCAGGAGCAUCAAGACCUACGUUCUCGACUCCCCUGUGGAGUAUCCGGCAUCAAACCCUCACCGCAUUCUACGGUUUAUGACUGAGCGGUCUUGUUUCUCCUCCCAACUACUACCAGCAUCUCCUCUCCAACAUGCACCACCCGUAUGCUUUGCCUCGCAGGGCCACCUCGAGACUCCCGGACAAAGUGCGCCCUACCGCAUUACAUCGCCACUCUUCAGCCCCUGCUGUUCGGGCUCCAGAAACGAAGGCAGACACCACAAGCGUUGCUCGCCACACCGUGAUCACGGGACCACAAUCUUCGAAGCAUUUCGUCAAGCAGGAUGGCCCAAUAUCACUUGUGCUUGCUGGCCACUCAGGCGGUUUACAAGCUCCAAUCUACGCCAGCGGGAGCAUCAUUAGAGGUUUAGUUACUCUCGCGAAGGUCCAAGGGCUUGUGUCCAUCGAAGUCAAGCUACAGGGAUGUCUCAAGGUGAUGGAAACUGCAGGAGGUGGAUUCGGAAAAUCAGUCCUGGUCUCGGAAUCGCUCUAUAUGUGGGAGAAGAUGGAGCACUCCAGUACUGCGCCUUCGGAGUUCAACUUCAGUUGCCAGAUGCCGUCAUUUUAUCCAGAUCCCGAGGGUGGAUCCCCUCGACCCCUGCCACCAAGUUAUGAUGCUCGGUUGUCAGCCAUCCCAGGAUUUCGCGUCUGUGUACAGUAUGAAGUCGUUGUGUCGCUCACACGAGUGCGAGAGCUCCCAACGUUAUGGAGAAAUCGGGUGCGACCAAAGGCCUACCUUCCGUCGUCUAGAGUCACACCACUGAACAAGACCAUCCCAUUCACAGUCUCGCUAUUGGCCGCCGGCGAAUUCCUACUUCCGUUCCGUUCGAGCACGACUUCUCUCACAUCGUUCCAUCCUCUCUCACGGACACAUUCAGCACCGUCCUUUGUAUCACGUCUUGCUCCCAAUUCGAAACCGCCGUUGAAGGUACACCUCGAACGCCAUACAUUCACAAAAGCUCGGGCCACUGGUGUUCUCGUGUUUGGGACGUCCGAGAAUGGUAUCUCGUCGUCCGAAAUUCUCGCGGAAGGGUCUGUAUACCACACGGAGCAACGUGAAGGGUCUGUCAGCUGGAGCGGCGAGCUAAUGAUACCAGACUCUGUCGCGUGUGGUGGCUUCAGAACGGAACGUCUGAAGGUCGAGGAUAUCCUCGUUUUCACCAUUCGCCUGGCUGCGAUGGAGACGCAUGUGCUGCCAUUCAAGAUGAACAUACCCAUACAGCUGACAACCGAUUCUGCGAUGUCCAAGACUGCAGUGAAAGUUUCAGAGCCCUCGUAGCAAGCGCCAAUACUAAGAGCUCAUUCUGCCUAAUGUUUGCAGUAUGUUACAGAUGACUACUUGCAGCGAUUGUUCUAGAUAUCAGACUUGUAUAUCAACCCCUUAUUUCUCAGAAGCCUUGUGACUGUCCGACGCAUCUACGUCUCGCAAUUCGGUCACCUUGGGUUCAUCUGAAUGUAUCUUCG